GUUAAGCUACAUCGUUUCAAGAGCAAAACAAAACUAAACGAUGCAGGAAGCAGACGCUCAUAAAGCGCGUAUAACGCAAAUCGAGGAGUUUAUCAACGAUGUGCUUAAAGAGGAUCUCAAGCAGCUGGAGCACUACAUCAAUCUUUUUAACGAGGAGAUCAUGGAGUAUGUACAGUUAAAGAAUACACUGCAGACCUUUGGCGACCAUAUGCCGGCUGGCUACAAAACGCAGGUGAACAUUGGCAGCAACAUUUUCAUGCAGGCGCGCGUCAAGCAAAUGGACAAAAUCCUGGUUAACGUGGGCAAAGAGGUGUAUCUGGAAAUGAGCAUGGACGAGGCGAUACGCUUCAGUGAUGUGCGCAUUAAAAUUCUAACCAAACAGGCGGAUGUGGUGCGCGAGGAGAGCGUCAAGAAGCGCUCCCAAAUCAAGAUGGCUCUCAUAGCGAUCAGCGAGCGGGAAAAGCUGCUGCAGCAACAGGAUGACAGAUAGCGGGCGAUGGCUUAGCCCGAUUAAGGAUACCCGCCUAAAAGCAGUAUAUUAAUGAAUUUUCAAGUCAAGUCAAAAAGCUUUACACAAGCAUAUACUCUAGUUAUUUUGUCUUAUAAAUUACAACUUUGAAUUUACAGCUGUUGUCCUAAUGUGAUAAAAAAAAACAAUCACGCGAAAUGAACCGAUUUGAAAGAAUAAAUAUUCGCAUUAAACCGCAA